AUGGAUAUAGAUAGUCGACCCCCGGCUCAGGCCAUGUUCACCUUCGCCACGAAUAAACCUCGGACCUCAAGCGGUCGAAAUCAUGCCUACAGAAAGAUCCGAUGGAAAAAGUACGAUCCCAGCAAGAAAUCUCCCAACUCGGCUCCAGACCAGUUUGUGCAGUGGCAACCUCCAGACGCAACACGAGAUGAAGACGAGGAGGGCGUUAUUCAACGCAAAUCAAAGUCUAGCGACGCAAAGCAAAAUCCGCUUGCAAAGGCUCUUGUUUUUGUCUCUCCACUUGAGCCUCUUCCAAUGAACGGAACCCGCGAGGAUCCAUUCCUAGUUCUCCCCAUCAAGUCGACUGAGACUGUGCAAGACACUCUAGACUACUAUGUCACCAUCUGCAAAGGCUUCAGGAAUGAGAGAUCCGUCGUUCCGGGCCCGGUCAACCCACAUCUCUCGCUCUUGCUGCCUUAUGCACUCAAGCACCCCAUCCUUUUUGAGUCCAUCAUAUCAGUCUGUCGGGCGUCCAUUCUAAUCUCACUUGGGAGACCCAUAUGGGAAGACUACGCGUUUGUUCAUCACCGUGGCAGCGCUAUAGCCGGCCUCAAUGAAAGACUGCAGUCUAGCGAGGCCACUGACGAUGCAGCCCUGCUGACAGUGACGAUGCUUAUGACGCUUGAAUAUCUCUCUGGCAACCAGCAAGGCGUGUUAAUGCACUGCAAAGGCCUAGAGAAAAUGCUAGAGCUCCGUGGGCCUCUUUCUACUGACAAAGACGAUACAAAGACGGAGUCCGACUGGACAAAAUUCGUCAGCCAUGGUCUUGUGGCAUACAAGGCUCUAGGGUCCUUCGUGACAGGCCAACCACCCGACCUGCCUCGCGAUUCGGUUGGCUACCUCAGGGAGACAUUUCAAGAACUAAACCUCGAUCAGCCGCUCACCUAUCCUGAAACUCCGUUCCCACCAGACCUUUGCAUCAUCCUUUCUCGCCUUCCCUCAGGGCUCUCGGAGCUCUGUGUUGCAUCUAGGAUAUCAGUACAGAUGAUCAAGCUCCUUGCCUCAAUUUCGGCUGCCACGACCCUCCUGGCCACGGAAACUGUCAGCUACGAGAAUCUCCUUGACCGCACCUGGACUCCUCCCUCAGAAUUACCCCUCCCCGAUUCAUCCCAGUACGACGAAGAAUGGAAGCAAACGAUGAUCCAAACCAUCCUCUCCUCUCUUCAACGAAUGUCGUUGACAUCCACCUGCCCACUCGAAUACUACCUCACCAUGGGCUUGCUAGCCUAUAUAUUCCAGCUCCGAGGUCUAGCAGCAGUGAACCUCUUCUAUGAUCCCAUCCUGCGCAAAUUCAUCACCGCGUUACCCACUCAUGCCAAACCAGCCUCGCUUCAGGAACAAAACACACUGGUUUGGUGCAGUAUUGCCACUGCUGGAGCACUUGCUCUCCGUGUUGUUCCCAUGCCCAACUCCCAUUUGAUUAUGGAGCAUGUUUUGGAUCUAUACCCACAAGCGCGCCAGUGGGCCCGUCUGGAAAAAGUUCUACGCACCUUCUUCUAUACCAAAGAAAUCGGUACCCAUUGGAAACGCGUCUGGCAGUCCGCCAUGAAGAGACGAGAGUUUGUUAGUGGUCAACAACAACGGAAGGGACACUACGUCGAUCCCAAGACUGAGAGUACCGUGAGCAUGGACAGAGAACUCAACGAACAAACCAAUCACUCAUUUCAGGGGCCGUUAGAUCUCCCAGAUUUCGACAUGAACUCUGAAGCGCUAAGGGCACAUAUCCGCCAGCACAUCGCGGGGGCGCCAAAGACGGUGGUCGAAAUGUCCCAAGCUAUGGGUCUCUGUCCAUUUCGACCACAGGUCUCAUCGCCCUUCUCAACAGGCAGCUCUGCAUCGACUGCGACUGCAACUGCGACAACCACGUCGAGUCCGAACACGACCUUGACGCCUUCGCCAAAAGACGUCUGA